AUGGAGAAGACGACUGUGCUACCGGCCUACGCCUCCGAGGUCGUCCAGAACCGCCUCGAGGUACGCGCGCUGUACCUGUCGUCCUGGGGCUUGGCGCAUCUUCGGCGAGCUUCCAGUCUCCGGUUGCAAAAACUCAUCAAACUCGUCCUCAUCCUCUUUUGCGCUUCAUUCCAGCAUCCGGUCAUUGGACGGCAAAGUGCCCAGCAGCUGAGCCGAGUUGCAAUCGACGCGGCUAGCCCUCAAAAUGUCUGGCGCCGGUGCGGAUUGGCCGCCGUCCGAGGUCGAGCAACAACGAACUUUUCUUCCUGCGCCCAGUCCCUUGCAUGCAAGGAGCCCUCACCGAUUUCGCACGAGGCGCCAGAACCUGGAGCGGCUGAGAUCCGCAAACGCGUGGCGCGCAUCUUGCGUCGCAUCUUGGCCCAGCCACGACCUCUAUCGAGCGCUGCCAGCCCAAUAUCAAAUAUCAUCCCAGCGCCGCUUGACGGGGGAGUCGGCUUCUGA